AUGAGGUGGUCCUUUACCAGCAACGUAAACGACAACUUCCUGUGGAGAAAUGUAAGAUCCACCCCACUAAAGAUGUGGACAUGUUGUGUGAAGUAUGCCAAAUUCCAGUAUGUUCCAAAUGUGCCACACAAAGAAGCAUGGGGGCAUACAUUCACUGAUCUAGAAACAAUUUAUGCUGAUAAAUAUGCAGACUUUCAAGAGGAAAUUUUCAAAAUCCAGGAGUACUUUCUACCCACAUCACAAGACAUACAGAAAGAAAUUAAAAAAGAUUCCUCACAAAUUAAACACCUCAUGGACAACAUCAGAACAUGCAUGAAUACUGAAGAGACAACAAAACCAGUCAAACCAGGAUUUACUGCUGGUCAGUACAACAAAAGUGAUGUCUCCGAGUUCUUGGUAAAAUACAUCUCCCCAACACUAAGAUCUACGGGGAAUGUGAUACAGAAGAUAAAAACCAGUGGGUUUUCCCCGGUUACCACACAGUCACACAGGACGGGAUCUGAUCUUUACAGACAUAGACAAAAAAUCAUCAAUAGGAUAACAAAAGAUAAUAAAAUCACUGAAUUCAUGAAAACUGCAGACUUGGAACCAUACAGCAUACACUCCUCCCACAUCAACGGGGACUUAUUGGUGGGGAUGACUGAUUAUGGAGAGGGAAAAGUCACCAGGUACAACAAGACAGGAAAAGAACUGCAGAACAUACAGAGGGAUAACAAAGGACAGGGACUGUUUAUUUUACCGCACUACAUCACAGAAAACAUCAAUGGAGAUAUCUGUACAUCAGACUUCAUUAAAAAGGCAGUAGUGGUGGUGAAUAAAUCAGGACAACACAGGUUCUCCUAA